GCAGACAAGCCCCGCCCACAAGAGGGGCGCUUCGCUCCCAGUUUCUACUUUACGGGCGUACUUGCAACCUUUGACCGCUCGCACCGGAAAUACUACGCGUGUGCUGGCCCUUCGCAUGGUGAGCAUUCUGAUUUUGGCUGUCGCAGUGGGAGCGGUGACGAUCUUGCUGGUCCAGAGACUAUGGGCUGUGCUUCGGCCCCAUCACGUCACUCCCCGAGAGUCGCUCGAACUCUUGAUAGUAGCCGGAUCUGGUGGACACACCACGGAGAUCUUGAGGCUGGUUGGAAGCUUGUCCCGUGCUUACUCACCUAGGCAUUAUGUCAUUGCUGAGUCUGACGAGAUGAGUGCCAGCAAAAUUCAUGCUUUUGAACGUUCUCGAGCUGAGAGAGACUCUACUACGGAGUACCCCCAACACCACCUUCACCGAAUUCCCAGAAGCCGGGAGGUUCGGCAGUCCUGGCUCUCCUCCGUGUUCACCACCUUGCACUCCAUGUGGUUUUCCUUUCCCCUGGUUCACCGAAUAAAGCCAGAUUUGGUGCUGUGUAAUGGACCAGGAACAUGUGUGCCCAUCUGUGUGUCUGCCCUGCUCCUUGGGAUUCUUGGAAUCAAGAAAGUGAUCAUUGUCUACGUCGAGAGCAUCUGCCGCGUGGAAACUUUGUCCCUGUCUGGGAAGAUUCUUAGGCACCUCUCUGAUUUCUUUAUUGUUCAGUGGCCAACUCUUAAGGAGAAGUACCCCAAAUCUGUGUACCUUGGGCGAAUUGUUUGACAAAUGGUAACUUAAGAGUCUUGAGAAUUUUGUAAUUACCAAUACUUACUAUAAUAGCUAUCUUUAUUGUAAAGUUUUCCAAAAGCCCAAAGACUUAUCAGUGGUGAAGAAUUUCAAGUGUGAAAUAACUCAGUGAGGAAAGACAGACGUUAGCACAGAGUGCCCAUCAAAGAGCUAUGUCUGUGCACUAAGGUAUUUUUCUAAAUAAAAGAGUAUAACGCACCGGGCGGUGGUGGCGCAUGCCUUUAAUCCCAGCACUCGGGAGGCAGAGCCAGGCGGAUCUCUGUGAGUUCGAGGCCAGCUUGGGCUACCAAGUGAGUUCCAGGAAAGGUGCAAAGCUACACAGAGAAACCCUGUCUGGAAAAACCAAAAAAAAAAAAAAAAGAGUAUAACACUGCUUGCAGAUUUUCUUUUGACUCUUAUAGCCAUGAGCUUUUUUGUUUUGUUUUUCUCGACCUAAAUAUAGAGUUUGUAUGUUUAGUAACAUUUCCUGUCUUACAGCUUUAAAUAAAACAGGAUUCUACAUUAUAAAAAGAAAAGAACAGGAUAAGCCGGCCUUGGGGUAGGUGUUGCUGUUGUAGUGUGUGAUUGCUCACUCAAGAGGUGGGAGGUGGGGGGGGGCGUGGAAUCAAGAGUUCAUGGGUAUCCUUGGCUACCUAGCACAUUUGAGGCCAGCCUAGACUACAUUAGGAGCUGGGCACAGGGAAGUGAGGAGAGAGAGAGGGGGAGGGAGAGCGGGGGAGAGAGAGAACAAGGUGCUCCUUUGGUUUUGUUCAGACAUGUCAGGCUUUAAUCCUUCUGUGGAAGCAGUGAUGUCCCCAGUGAGCCAUCACAGCCUAAAGGAAGCAGUUUGUUAAACUGGCUUCAUGACAGUUUACACUCCACAGGCUUCCAGAUCUCUGGCCAUAAACAAAUGUCUUUCUUCAGUCUCCAGUCUUCCUUUCUGUGUUGCUGGCCUGUAUCCAGACAGUAUUUUACAAUCUGUUUGCUUAAAAUAAAUUAAAAGGUGACCAGUGUUGUAGUCAUGAAAGCAUCAUAUGUUGAUCGGGAAUCUGAGUUCGCCAGCAUUAAAAAGAAAAUUAAACUUAUUUCCAAUGUGA